AUGGCGCCUCAGUUCGGGGCGACCUUCGUACCGGGGGGUUUCGAUGACUACUACAUGCCCGAGGUCGUGGCCCCUUCUCCGCAGAGAGUGACCCCGCAAGUCCCUCAGAAUAUGCAAGACGACUUGCAGCGCCUCGAACUGGAGGCCGGAGACAACGAAAGGCGAGAGGCUUCGUCACAAUACAAUCGUCAGCCGUCCGUGUCCACCAUUACUCAGCAGAGUUCUUACCUCAAUAUUGACUCCUCGAGAGGGUCAAACAAUCCCACGACCGAAAUUGACAGCGAUAUCACGGCCUACAAAGACACCGAGGGCCGCGCACAGCGGCUCGACACCAUGGGCCGUGAUGCGCCGUCCUUUUCUCCAUUCCCCAAGGUUACCGGCGACAAUGUGCCCCCAGCUGAUGAUGCAAAGGAGGAAAUUUUAUGGAACGCGCGUAAGCACGUCUUGCACUCGCAAAAUGUAACCAUGCAGAUCAGCUGGGCUCGGGAUGUUCUCAUUUGGGCCGAGGUUGCUAUGGACGCUGUGGCACGGGAACCCACGGAUAAACCAAGGCCGGCAACACCUCGAAUCGAACAUGAACUUCGCAUAGACGCACUUAAUAUCGUUACCUACCUCGCUGGACAGGAUCAUCCAGAUGCGCUCUACAUCCGAUCCAAGUGGCUCGAGUUCGGAAAAUUUGGACACCGAGUCGAUAAACGUGAAGCCUACAGUGGCUAUAAGCGUGCAGCAGAGCUUGGAAAUGCUAGAUCCGAAUACCGCAUGGGUAUGCUCUUUGAGCAGUCUAACGACAUGUCCAAAGCCAAAGAACACUAUUACAGAGGCAUGAGCUUGAAGGACUCCGCAGCCUUGUAUCGUAUGGGCAUGAUGAGCCUUCUUGGCCAACAUGGCGAAAACAAGGACUAUGCUGGUGGGCUAGAACGUGUUCGAGCUGCAGCAGAUAGCUCUGAUGAAGACGCGCCGCAAGGCUCGUACGUGUAUGGGAUGCUUGUCGGCCGAGACUUGCCGGACAUCAACAUACCAGAUGGCUUGCUACCAUAUAAUUUGGAGACAGCCAAGAUGUAUGUUGAGAAAGCAGCAUACCUUGGAUUUGCCAAAGCCCAGUUGAAGAUGGGUCAGGCUUACGAGCUCUGUCAACUCGGUUGCGAGUUCAAUCCCUCUUAUUCGCUGCAUUAUUAUGGCUUGGCUGCUCAACAGGGUCUCCCUGAAGCCGCUCUCGGUGUCAGUCGAUGGUUCCUUUUUGGAUACGAAGGUGUAUUCAAGAAGAAUGAAGAGCUCGCCUUUAAAUACGCACAGGAGGCUGCCGCUUCCAAGUUGCCAACCGGCGAGUUCGCUAUGGGUUAUUAUUAUGAAAUUGGUAUUCAUGUGAAUCAGAGUAUCUCUGAUGCGCGAAAGUGGUAUCAGCUUGCGGCCGACCACGGUAACAAGGACGCCAUUGGCCGUCUGGAGUCCCUCAGCCACGAUCAGAGCCUUUCCAAACAAGACCAUGAAACGACAACAUUGACACGAAUCAAAUCACAGCACGGUUCGCAAAGGGGAAAACGGCCAGAUAGAUUCAAGCAACCUCAGCAAAUGCCGACUUUGACUGAAGCCACACCACUAUCACCAAUGGAAAACAACCCAUCCUUUCCACAACAAGCAUACGCCAAGUCAAGCGCAACAGCAGUUUCGCCGCGAGUGUCCCCCCAGCCGUCCCCUGGUAUCAAGCCAACAAUUGUCUCAGAACAGAGCAACAUCCCAGAUCCAUCAAGGGCCUCUUUUGUUGGCACCGACCGGGCCCCAGCAUUUAACAUAAGGCUCGAGGGGAAUUUGCAGCAACCCGCACGGCCACACUCAGCGGCGCCUUACCCGGAUGAUGACCGGCCGGCGCCGCUGAAUGUGGCCCGCCCUCAUUCCACUGCACCGUAUCCCGACGACGACGUUCGACUACCGCCCAGCCAAAGAUAUGGUUCUGGCCUGCAACCAGCUCAUGGCCCACAAGCAGAUAGGCCAAUGAGUGCUUUUGGCAUCAAGCCGCAGUCUGGAGGACCGCGACCGAUGCCCGCGUCUCACUCAACCGGUAGUUUGCAGCCCCCUUCACAACCGAUUCCCCCCCGGGGCCGAGUCGCCUCUGCUGGAUGGGAAUCUCAGCCUCCAGCGGGUGCAUACAGGCAGCCAAGCCCUGGGCCAAACUUGAAUGUACAGCGUCCCCACGGCGGUGACGAACAGUAUGGUAGACCUGGAAGCGCUCCGCACCACCCUACGGCGACGUUGGCAGGCAACAAAUUGCAGAAGCAACCUCCAAGACAGGCCCAAUCUUCAGUACCGCCUUCAGGCCAAGACCCCGGGCGAGAAUAUGGGCCACGUACAUCAUCUCGCCCAGCGCCCGAGAUGCCACCGCAGCAUGAUCAUCGAAGUAGUUCUCAGGGUUACGAACGGUUCUCAAGAGUGCCAGGGGCGAUGGGUCGUCCUGAAAGACUAAGCUCCCUCCCGCCACAAGAUGGCCACCAGCCGCCACGUACAUCGACAGGCUUCGGGCCAGCAAUGCCUGGGCAACCUCGACCAGUUCCUUCAUCCGGCAGAACGGCAAGUGUGCCGCCUAGCGCGACAGGACAACGGCCUCCCGAGUCCAGUCAACUGCCUGGACCCGGCCUUCACAGUGCUGCAACCGCCCCCGCGAAACCCGCCAAAGGACCGGCAACCUUUGAGGAUAUGGGAAUCCCGCAAGGAAAGCAGGAUGGUGACUGUGUCGUAAUGUAG